AACUCGCUCCUACAACUUCACCCACUUGCAACAUGCCUAAACCGACAUAACGUAUCCCGCACUAAUACUAAUAAAUCCCCGCGAUCCGUCACCGAGCGAGGCAACCGGACUACAGCACCAUUGAUGUAGCGCGCACGGGGUGUUCGCAUAAGCCCGCACCAUGCCGCACCACCUCCUACCUCCCAAUCCUUCCCUCGUUGCGAUACUCCUAGUGAUCAAGACCUCAUCAGGCCCACGCCUUGUCUUCCAUUAUCCACCGAAUCCCGCCUGCUCAUCCUCGGCGCUGCCAGCAAAUCCGCAAUGGUAUAGCAAUGGCACGUCGACAGGGACCGAUGACGAAGAUACAAGCUCUACAAGCAGCACCGAGUGGAACACAGACAGCGACGAGGAAGAAGAGGAUGGUGGGAGUAGGGCGGGUAGCAUAGCGAGCACAAGGGGAACGAGCAGGCUGAGGGACGGCAGCCGCAGCCGGCGCGGCGCAAAGAGCUUGAAAAGCCAAACGGACGUAGAUGAGGACGCGGACGACGACGUCGACGGCUUGGGAGAGGAAGAUGGCAUGGUAAUAGUAAGGACAAGCUCGGGACACGGAGCCAUGGGAGGGAAGAAAGGCGGUGGUCCGCAGGACAGCGAUGGUAAGCCAGACUGGGACAAGUUACUUGGCUUCAAAAGCGAAGGGUUGGAAAAGUUGCUUUGUCCCGGCAAAAAGUUCAGAAAAAGGAAGUUUGAAGUCGGAUUGGAGGGGCUAUGCUUCUUAGGAUGCCCGAUGUUUGCAAAGGAGGGUGCCGGGUGGAAGAAGAAGAGGAGAAGGAGGAAGGGGGCGAAUGACGCUCAGGAGGAUGCCUCUCAGAAGCCUACCCCGGAGGCGGAAGAGAGUGAUGAGAAUGCUCCGGCAGACGCAGAAGACGAAGGUAUUGAAAUUAUGACCCCCGAUAAGACUAGCCCUCGACUUGAGCUUCCAUCAGGAUAUGAAGCAGGAUACGGACAUGUGUUGUCCAGCAAUGUUUCAGACGCGGGAUCGGACACGAAGAGCGCAUCCACCACAUCAGGCCCAUCCGAAAUGACCAUGUUCAACAUCGUUUUCGUUCUGAACCCUCCGGCUCUAGAGUAUCAACUACGCAGCCAGGAGAUGUAUGAUAACGCCAUCAAGAAGUUUGCGAAAGACUUGAAACACGAGCAGCGCGCAUCGAAUUACGUAUGGAGAGAAUCAAAGACUAUUCUGGCCAUUAAAAACAAGGCCAAAGAUGGCAGGGAGGGAACAACCAGUUUGUGGCAUAGCAUUCUUUCUACAUCAUCACUGGCAAGGUCCAUUGCCAUUUUGUUUGACUCUCUUUCCAACUCAAAGAUUGCUCAUAUACAUCUCGAAACUCUGGCUGAUGCGUCUUAUCAAAUACCCCAAGCACCGUCCACCCCGUACCUGUCUAGGGCGACUGAUCCUCAAAUGCCUGGGCUCUGGCUCACGACCGCCAACCUCCCAGACGAUGGAGAUGAAGGCGUAUUCAAUGUAACGCUUACCCCGCAUCAUGCCCUGUUGCUACUCGAAGACAAGGAGACCCUUCUCAGAGAGAUUGAGGGAGAUGCCAAAGAACACUCGGCGCAACUGGCCUUCUAUAUUAGCAACCUUACGCCCACGAAGUCUCUACAAAAGCUCGCGACCUUGCAUAAGAUCCCGGUUGCUGACUUGGAGUUUAUCGCCGCCCACCUUAUAUACUGGCGCCGUGCGCGCGCCAUUCCGCCGCUUCAUCAGCGCGACACAUACAUUGUAUCGCCCAAUGCGGACAUGCGCAAACUUCCUCAAGCCAUACCGGCUUACGCCACCCGCUUCCCCACUCUCCCGUCCUUGCCGAAGAUGCUCAGCAUGCUGUCAACUCAGCAACCCAGGACCUAUGGUAGCUUCAUCCCCAGCAAAGACCACCGCCACGCCUACAUGGAGAUCCUGGCCUGGCUUAUGCGCGGCGGCUGGGUGACCCAGCUCCGCACUUUUGCCUGGAUCCGCGUCUCGCCUGAGGUCCAGGCUGAAGUUGCCGCCAUCAUGGAAAGAGAAGCCAAGGAUGCCACUCGGGCCGCUAUCCAACACGCCCGGGACCGCCGCGCAGCUAUGGGGGACCACUCGGACGAUGCCAGCGACCGUGCCACGAUUGCCAGCGAUGAUGCGCCGUCUACGCCGCACCGGAAGUCGCCCCGAGACAGCGAGAGCAGCGGUCAUGCAGCCCUAUCCGAAACGAGCAGUAUCCGCAGCCCCCGCGCAGCCUUCCACACAUCGCCGCGAGACAGCCAGCAUAAGGCGUCGCCCCUGCAUGCGUCGUACUCGGCGUCUGCGACGUCUGACUUUCAUGGUACACCGGCGACGCCGCGGCGGCCGCACCUCAGCCACAGCUUUCAUGCGGCGUCAAAGGACCCGGCGGAUUACCAACCGCGCAUGAUUUACAGCCCUCAGAAGGCGAAUGCGCUCGAGGCGCGGUGGAUUGAGCAUAUUAAGAAUGGGUUUGAGGAUUCGGAUGUGCAGAGCAUGUUUCCCGUGCUGCAGAAGUAUUUUGAUGGACGCCAUGCCUUGGACGACAUUGCGGGGAGAGAGGGCAUCAAGCGAAAGAGGGUUUGGGGAGUAUUGGGAGUGAUGAGAGAGAGAAAUGUGCUGUUUGUAAUGCGGCAUUGGUGAGGGUAAACAUGAAUUGUUAUUUGUUUGUGGUUGAAAUAAUGAUACCUGCGAAUGGAGAGAG